UGUAUCAUCUGAGUACCAUAAUGGAGCAGCGAGGGCGGACGUUUGCGGCACAGCUGCAGUUCAUGGAGCGUAAUGGGCGCGCACUAGAGGAGCUGGUGGCCAAGAUGAUGAAAGCGCGAGAGGAGCAGGAGGCGUUCCUAGGGUCGUUUGCUAAGAGUCUUGAGGACAUCGCGGCGCAGGAAGAAUGUGAGCCGCUGGCACAAUGUCUUGGGAGUCUGGGCGAGUGCGGUCAGAAAUUGGUGAGCGAGAGCCACGACGUGAUGAUGCUGCGACCCGAGAUGGAGGUUUUGCAGGUGGUUACACAGAUUCAGGACUGGGCUAUAGUACCCAUGAAGAGACUGUUGGAAGAUCGGGAAAAGGCCAUCAAAAUUGAAGCCAAGCUGCAAAAGGAAUACGAUGAGCUGAGGCGAGGAAGCUCGGCUAAGGAAAAGGAGAAGAAGCUGAGGAUGCUGUCGGACCAGAAGCGGCGAGUAGAGAACGUCAAUGCCUUGCUGGACACACACAUGGACAACUUCGACCGGUACCGCAUUCAGAAGAUGAAGGUGCGACCAUUGGGUUUGAUUUAUGGGUUCGAAUUAGGUUGACAAUCUCAUCAAUGCCAAUGCAGAAAAUUGUGAGUGAGUUGGCUCGUUCGCAAGCAUUUUACCAUGCAAAAGGACUGGAGCUCUUCGCAGUUCCGUGUCAAGACAUUGCGAAGCUCCAGUCGACGGAUGCAGUCAAAAGAACACCACAAUCUAACCCUGCAGAGCCAAGCAAGGUCGAUCCGUGACAAGAACAUACCUUUCAGGUGUGUGUUGUCCCAACAAUCUUGGCUUGGUCCUUAUCGUUGCCGCUCAAGUGUUAUUGUGUACACUGCCGAACUGAAGCUAUGAUCCCGCCGAUGAGCGCCCUCUUUCUCGUUCUUUUCUGCGUUUGCUAUGACCAAGCUUUGCCAUACUCUCCUGCAACUUUCUCCAGAACGAACCCUUCUCUCUUGGUGUGCACUGCGGACUAUCAGUGCCGAUGCCAAACUGCUGCCGUCGUGCAAUACCAGGUGAGGCCGUCCAGCUCUGUGGGGAGUAACAGUAAUCUUCCAGUAACUUGUCGCUGUAAAAGCAUCGUUUCUAGAGCGCACAAGUUGAAUUACGUGAGCCAUUCAUCCCUUAGUCGCAUAUUAUGUUAGCUGGUAAGUACCCACCUCUUCGAAUUUCUCGUACACCAAAUGCACCGGGACAUUUAAGUAAUUUGCCAAGCCGAGCUGUAAACUGAGCAAAAGGAGAGUAUCACAAGUUAGUACUUGACCCCGUUUUGGCUUACACAGCAACGGUGUUGGUACCUCAUUUGAACUUGCUGAAGAGAUAUUUCUCGUCGAGAAAACGUCGGGGUCGCUUGUGACACAAACGAUACGCCGUAGUCGGACUGAAAGCAAAGCAGGAAUCCACCAAUACCUUUAAAUAAAACGUUUUGACUCAGGGG